AAUAAAGUUAAUGGCGGGUCACGCGCAUGCGUAGUGGAUGCGAUGGCGGAGAGUGACUGGGACACGGUGACGGUUCUGCGCAAGAAAGGCCCGAAUGCGGCCCAGAGCAAAAGCAAGCAGGCGAUCACGUCUGCUCAACGCAGAGGAGACGAUGUGGAGACUACAAAGAAAUGGUCUGCGGGACAAAAUAAGCAACACACAAUAACCAAGAACACUGCAAAGCUAGAUCGGGAAACGGAGGAGCUGCACCAUGAGCGAGUGUCGCUCACUGUCGGCAAACUAAUCCAGCAGGCCCGACAAAACAUGGGGAUGAAUCAAAAGGACUUGGCCACCAAGAUCAGUGAGAAGCCCCAAGUCAUUGCCGACUACGAGUGUGGGAAAGCCAUUCCCAACAACCAGGUUCUUGGCAAGGUUGAAAGAGUGCUCGGCCUCCGGUUGCGUGGAAGGGAUAUUGGACAACCGCUGGAGAAGGGCCCCAAGAAAAAAUGAGAACAAAGCCUCGAAAUCAGUUCUUUCUUUUGAACUGGUCUCCCCUGGCUUUUCCACAAGUCAGAAUGACAUUGUUGCCAAGCUGAUUCUGGGCUGCUGUGCCCGAGUAAACCAAUCCAUCUGCUGGCAUUAUACUUCACCCAAAGAAAAGCUUGCUCUCGGAUUCCCAGGCAUGGUUUUGAAUGCAAUUAAUCUCUAACCAGGACAGAAGUGUGAAAACUUUAUUUGUGCUAAAUUUUCAUUUCCCCAACUGCCACCUCCAGGGAGGUGCUUAUGAUUUCCUCUCACUUUUCCUCUAACUUUCUGUAGAAAUAAAGUUUAAACCUUUGGACUUUG